CAAAUGUCAACACAGCCUCUGACAUUCGACACAAUUCCCUGCUGUCAAAAUUUCGGUUCUUGUGGGCUAGUGAAGUAUCAUUUCUGUUCGUUUCGCGGGUUUUAUGGUAAAUUGCGAAAAGAUUUGGCGUAAGUUGAGCAUAUUCCACUUCUCGAAACAAAAGAGCAAACACAAGAAACUCAAGAUGGAGUCGAAUUUAAAUCGAAUAUUGAGCCAAACUCGACAUCAAUUGAACGGGCAACUCUACAAAUACACAAAUGUUGUGAAAGGCUGGCAGUACAGGUGGUUCACAGUCGAUGCACAGGCAGGCACAUUAAGUUAUUAUCUCUUAGAUUCAUCUGGCGACGAAAAUCCUCCUCACAUUGUAGGGAGUUCACCUCGCGGCCAAGUUCAUUUGGCUGGUGCAGCUGUUUGUCCGAGCGAUGAGGACUCUAGAACAUUUACGGUUAGUUGCGCAUCAGGCGACACCCUCAAACUACGAGCAACAGACGCCCGAGCCCGCCAGGAGUGGGUGGAUGGCCUCAGAGCAAUAGCCGAAAGCCACACACAAGCGACAAACCUACCGCCCCGCGAUCACUUAGCUGCCUCAGAUGCCUUAGGAGAUGCCAGGCAGCAGCUUUACCAAACAGAACUUUGCAAUGCAAACCUGGCUCGCGCUAUUGAAAACAUGAAUGGACCCCUAAGUCGCACGGAUCCGGACCUACUUCUACUCAAAGCGCUAUCAGCCGCUAGUACCCAAUGUUUGCAUCAGUGCUUGAGUCUCCUCCAGCGUCAUCAAGAGAUUCAGGACCACCGGCAGGAAACGACUGGGGUCUUUUAGCCUUCGUUUUUAUGUCCGGGCGAUUGCGUGAAAACGAUGUUUUAUUUAAUCAUAUCAAAUUACAGCCAGUUUCUGAUAAAAUAAGUCCUCAAGCGGUAAGAUAUUAGUGCUGCCACGCGCGAAGCGCCUCUCAGUGACGAUAUGUCUGUAUAUACCUUUACAUAGCUACGUAGAAAACCAGUAAAAAUUCUUAGGGUAUUGCUAAUCAUUCCCGCCAAAAGCGGUAGUUUAUUGUUACUAGGUUCCCAAGUAAUUAUAGAGGAAAUGGUUUUGGAGUUGUCAGUAAAUUUCCCAAGUUAAAAUUUCUAAUUCCGCGUAGUCUUAGAAAACGUUUUCCAUUUUCUACCAUUUACUCAGAGAGGAAAAAUCUUUCGGGAGUUCAAUUGGAGCCUGAUCGGCUUUUAAUCAUUCUCGUAUUUGUUUGUGUGCUUCAGAAAUAUGCGAAUAAUUAAAGACUUGGCUAAAUAUUCCAGUGAAUUUCGAUAUUUUCGAUUACAUUUCAAUGUCUUUUGCUAUUUUCUAUAUAAAAUUGUAAAUAAAUAUGCUUUUUGUAAAUCAA